AUGGAUGAAGUAUUUCCGAAUGUUCCUAAUAGAAAUCAGCGAAGAUUUGCCAAUACGACAGACUUACGAAAGGGCAUCAUCAAAAAUAGAACCUGGUCGGAAGGUGUUGCACAACUACUACCGAGAAGUAUUAAUAUCCGAGGCCUUAAUUCACUUGCUCUACACCGAGAUUCACCGGAACCGUAUUCCGGACUUGGAACUAUUCGUUUAUACAGUAUGCGCUUUUGUCCAUAUGCUGAACGAGCUAUAAUUUAUUUGGCCAGGAAACGAUUACAAGUGGAAAUAACAAACAUCAAUCCAGAAAAUGUACCGAAAUGGUUUCUGAAUAAAAGCCCACUCGGUCGAGUGCCUACUUUUGAAAUGAAUGGCAUCACUAUCUAUGAAUCGUCAGUGAUCGCCGAAUACCUUGAUGAAAUAUUUCCGGAAACAGCUAUUCUUCCACGCCAUCCAGUUGCCAAAGCAAAUCAGAAAAUUCUUGUUGAAAGGAUGUCACCGCUCAUUUCCACAAUGUUCAAAAUCUUACAUCCCAAUAACGUUACCGUUCAACAAGACGUCGAUAAGUCAUUGCAUAAUGCUCUCCGGAAUGCCGAAGUUCUGUUAACGGAUGAUUUCUAUGGAGGAAAAAUAUUAGGCUUUGCUGAUAUAAUGAUGUGGCCAUUUCUGGAAAGACUACAACUUGUGACAGUUAAUCCUUAUACAGAAUUUAGAUAUUUCCCAGGUUUUUACUAUCCGAAAAUAAGUGCAUAUAUGGCCCGUAUGCAAAGGCAGCCAGAGAUAUUAUUUGCUCAACGCCCAAUUGAACAGCAUGCAGCGUACGUGAACAGCUUUUUGACGGGCCAUCCGAAUUACGAUAUUGGUAUCAAUCAGUCAUAA